CUCGAAAAACAUUGUUUUGAAGUCAGUGGGGAAUGCGCGCGCUUCAAAGGCUCGCGGAGGAAGGCGUAUCGCUACAAUUGAAAGAAUGCUCGGCCCCGCCCCUUCUGGAAGCAUAGAAAACUAACUGAUACGUAAUUUGACAAGUAAAGCUCAGCGUUGGUGAAGGGAAAGCGUACGGUCUCUCAUUAACUGUCUGCAAGCUGUUUGUUUGCUCCUCUGUAGACACGGCAUAUUCCGAAACACGUUUCUGAAAUUUAAGUCUUUUAUGUUAGGGGCAAUUCUUAUAUAAGCCCGUUUAUUUUUUUUGUAUGGCCACUUCUGUUCUACCAAUGACUGCUGCCUUGUCUCCGGGGCAAGAAGAGGCGUUUUACACACAAGUGAAACCUGCGCCGUCUGACGGUUUCCAGGGGGAAGACUCGACGUUGUUUGCCGUGGAUACAAAUAGCCGAAUGAGCGGGAUUGCUUUAUCUAGCGACUACGUGCAGGCGAAUCUGGAGAUGGACAGAUAUCUGGCAACUCAACCCCAUGUUAUGCCAGAAGACAAGAAGUCACUCAGAGAAAGUACGUUAAUGAUGGACCAUUUCUUCACUGAAGAGUCAGGCUCCCCCUACAGCAUCAACAUGAACGUCUUCCUCCCUGACAUCACUUACCUGCGGACUGGCUUAUGCAGGCCCCUGAGGACCACCGUGAAGGCCGAACCCAUGCCAUCCUUCAUGCGGCCCAGUUGCUCCCACGGCAACGCCGCAUCCUCACUUCCUGAGUUCACCAGUAUCUUCAGUCCGCCCCCUGCGGGGGACUUCGAUAGCGUCUUCGUCAAGCAGGAGAUGCCGUCUCUUGACAUCAACCAAGAUGGCCCCUUGUUCCAGCUCCUGAAUUCUGAGAUGGACGUCCCUGUUCCUGGGAGCCACGUGUGUGCGGACAUUCACCGCGGUAAUCCCAUGGACUCUCCCGUUUCCACCAUGAGCGACCUGCACUUGCCUGAUGAGCAGAGUACCAUGAAACGCUUCUGCGGCAUCCGUGGCGGUGCCUUCCCACUGCCUGCUCCAUUCGUCCAGCACCAGCAGCAGAAACCUGCCUACUUUCCACCCUCUCCUCCUAACUCCGAGCCUGGCAGCCCAGACAGGCAAAAAGAGCUCAUGCAAAAUCUCUCACCGCCCCCCUCAUACGCUGCCAGCAUUGCCUCCAAGCUGGUGGUCAACAGUUCGGGCGUUUCACCGACCCUGUCCACACCCCAGCAAGCCCUGCCCGGCAAGUACAAUCGUCGGACGAACCCGGACCUGGAGAAGAGGAGGAUACACCACUGUGACUUUCCAGGAUGCAAGAAGGUUUACACCAAGUCCUCUCAUCUGAAAGCUCAUUUAAGGACUCACACAGGAGAAAAGCCCUACAAGUGCACGUGGGCAGGUUGCGACUGGCGCUUCGCCCGCUCCGACGAGCUAACUCGCCACUUCCGGAAACACACUGGAGCCAAGCCCUUCCAGUGCGCCGUAUGCAGCCGCAGCUUCUCACGUUCCGACCACCUGGCCCUCCACAUGAAGAGGCACCAGAACUAGGGCACCACCCACCCAGCCGCUUUCCCUCAAGUCUUGCGUGUUGUUAUCACUUUUUUGGGGGGAGGCUUGACUUUGUUGAUGUUGGUCUCUUAUAACGUGCUUUGUUUCUGUUUUGGAAAUGGGAAAUUGAUCUCUUUCGGAGUUGCAGAUGAGUAGCCUUUAAGCAGCUGUGUCAACCAACUUUCACCACAUCUCGUUCUGCGAUAUGGGCGGUAACAGUGGCUCAGUGGGUCGCACCUCCAGGGUUGAGGGUUCAAAUCCUGCCUCUGCUCUGUUCUGUGGAGUUUGCAUGUUCUCUUCAUGUUCUGCAGUGUUCCCCUGGGCUCUGUGUUUCCCAUCUGCAGUCCAAAGACAUCGGUUUAGGGGAACUAGCGUUUUGUUUCUAUACUGCACUUAGUAUGUGAUUGUGAGUUUCUGUCCUGCCAUGGACUGGUCUGUCCGGUCCGGCCUGUCCGAGGUGCCCUGUGCUUCCUGGAAUAGGCCCCAAGCACAACCAGCCUUUGUGCUUUCUGGAUACGUGCUUAGCAGAUGGAUCUAUGGAUAUUUCACAAAACUGUUAAACCUAUUACUGUUUUCAGUGAGAGAAUGAAAUGGCAGACCCUGUCCUAUAUAAUGGUAUACUGUACUUGUUUCUUUUUAGUUAUAUACCUCACAGCCCCCGCUACUCCCUUUCUCAAAUUAAAAUGAAUUUCACGUGAAAAAUAAGCUCAUAUAAGAAUAAACGGUGCACCACUUUUUCUUGUCAUGCUAAUUAUAUUGCCCUGUUUUUUUUCUCUACUUACUUUUAGGAUAGAGAGCUCUUUAAUAUUCGUGAGAAAGUGGUAGAUUGAGCUUUUAUGUGUAAAGACAACAAACAAUCAAGGGACUUAACUAUUUAUUUCACAUGGACACCUGCAAUUAGACCUUGACCUAAUUAUAGAAAUUAGUAGUGAAAUGUUUGACCAGUGCUACUUCAGAUCAAGGUUAGAUGUUUUGACUGAAAUGGCAUUUUGUCAGUUAUGGUAUUUUUUUAUUUUAAAUAAGACUUUAGAGAUUCUUGCAGUAUACAAACUGUACCCCACUGAAAACCAAAGAGCAUUGCUGGCCUCAUAACACUAAAUUUGCUUUCAAAAUGUAGCGAAGUGUAAGACUGUGGAGAUUUGAUCUGAUAUUUAAAUUUUAGAAGUGGCAAACAUGAGCAGUGUUCUUAGGUCAUUACGUUUUAAACAACCUAACUAUUCUUCUGUAAAUACUGUUUGCUUCACUGCCUCUUCUUCACCCUAGUAAACUGGAAAACAAUCUUUUAUCACACUGGAGAAAUGUUUUCUUACGGCACGUGAAAUAUUGUCUUUUCUGGUUUUCAGCAGCAUAGUACAGCAGUGUAUUUAAAAGUCAUAUUCAGAAGGGAUUGUGACAAACUGAUAACCAGUAUGUAAUUUGUACAGAUCUCUGUAAAUGCAUGCUAUUUAAGCAUUACUUUAGACAUCAUGAAGCCAAAUGAUUGUAGAAUGCCACAUUAACAGAUAAUCGUGAUAUGCAUUCUGAAAAUACAUUUCUUCCUAAGUGCCUUCUUGCAUAACAAGUUUCAUACAGGCUACUUUGGAAAUUUGCUUUAAGAUGCUUUCUGUUGGGGUGGUCAUAAUAAGCUGUUAAAUUGGUUCGGGAUUUCAUCUGUUCUUAGCUUUGACAUAUGAAACAAUGUAUCCUUCACUGUAAAGCUGCCAUUGUCCUUAUUUAUUACAUAGCUUAGGUAAUUGGACAAGUAAGAAUAAAUCAUGUUAUUUGAAUACAAUGCCUUAAUGUAAAUACUUGAUAUGCAGUGUAAAUACUGUUUUUCAGAAGUGUUGGUUGCUCUCCAUUAACUGAAACAAAUGGGCAAAUGUUUCCACUGCCCUGCUCCCAUUUUUGUUUUUUAAUUGAUUUCUUUUAUUUUAUUUUAUUUUUUCAUUUUAUUCUUUUAGAAAUAUUGGUGUAAACGUGCGAGGAAAUGGUUGUCUCGUGCAUCCAUUAAUGUUUGAAACUGAACAAAAAAAGCCCAAUAAAAUAAUUUUUUAGUUUUCA